AUGACGAUUAGGUUUGUUAGAUUAGCUGCAUUUAGUGUAGCUGUGUUUGUUGCAUUUAGUGUAGCUGUGUUUGCUGCAUCAUCAACUGUAGUUGUGUUUGCUGCACCAUCUAGUGUAGCUGUGUUUGCUGCAUUUAGUGUAGUUGUGUUUGCUGCAUUUAGUGUAGCUGUGUUUGCUGCAUCAUCUAGUGUAGCUGUGUUUGCUGCAUUUAUUGUAGCUGUGUUUGCUGCAUUUAGUGUAGCUGUGUUUGCUGCAUGGUCUAGUGUAGCUGUGUUUGCUGCAUCAUCUAGUGUAGCUGUGUUUGCUGCAUUUAGUGUAGCUGUGUUUGCUGCAUUUAGUGUAGCUGUGUUUGCUGCAUCAUCUAGUGUAGCUGUGUUUGCUGCAUUUAGUGUAGCUGUGUUUGCUGCAUUUCGUGUAGCUGUGUUUGCUUCAUUUAAUGUAGCUGUGUUUGCUGCAUCAUCUAGUGUAGUUGUGUUUGCUGCAUUUAGUGUAGCUGUGUUUGCUGCAUUUAGUGUAGCUGUGUUUGCUGCAUGGUCUAGUGUAGCUGUGUUUGCUGCAUUUAGUGUAGCUGUGUUUGCUGCAUUUAGUGUAGCUGUGUUUGCUGCAUCAUCUAGUGUAGCUGUGUUUGCUGUAUCAUCUAGUGUAGCUGUGUUUGCUGCAUCAUCUAGUGUAGCUGUGUUUGCUGCAUUUAGUGUAGCUGUGUUUGCUGCAUCAUCUAGUGUAGCUGUGUUUGCUGCAUUUAGUGUAGCUGUGUUUGCUGCAUUUCGUGUAGCUGUGUUUGCUUCAUUUAAUGUAGCUGUGUUUGCUGCAUCAUCUAGUGUAGUUGUGUUUGCUGCAUUUAGUGUAGCUGUGUUUGCUGCAUUUAGUGUAGCUGUGUUUGCUGCAUGGUCUAGUGUAGCUGUGUUUGCUGCAUUUAGUGUAGCUGUGUUUGCUGCAUUUAGUGUAGCUGUGUUUGCUGCAUUUAGUGUAGCUGUGUUUGCUGCAUCAUCUAGUGUAGCUGUGUUUGCUGUAUCAUCUAGUGUAGCUGUGUUUGCUGCAUCAUCUAGUGUAGCUGUGUUUGCUGCAUCAUCUAGUGUAGCUGUGUUUGCUGCAUCAUCUAGUGUAGCUGUGUUUGCUGCAUCAUCUAGUGUAGCUGUGUUUGCUGCAUCAUCUAGUGUAGCUGUGUUUGCUGCAUCAUCUAGUGUAGUUGUGUUUGCUGCAUCAUCUAGUGUAGCUGUGUUUGCUGCAUCAUCUAGUGUAGCUGUGUUUGCUGUUUCUGUUGUAGUGUCUGAUUGUUCUUGA